AUGUCGACUUCCAACUACGUCUCUACCGGCCAAGCGCGCUACCUACGAGCAUGCAUGGUCUGCUCUGUUGUCAUGACCUACGCCCGCUUCCGCGACGAAGGCUGCCCGAACUGCGAAGAGUUUCUGCAUCUUCAGCACUCGCAAGACCAGAUUGAGAGCUGCACCUCCCAAGUCUUCGAGGGAGUCAUCACCCUCGCAAACCCGGCCAAAUCAUGGAUCGCACGGUACCAGCGCCUUGACAACUAUGUUCCUGGCAUGUACGCCAUCAAAGUGUCAGGUCAACUCCCCGACGAAAUUCGAUCGACGCUGGAAGACGAGUAUAGAAUACAGUACAUUCCACGUGACGGCACAGAGGCGGAGAACGAUGCAUAG